CAGACUUUUCCAGAAGACCCGGAUAGAACUUCCCGGCCACGCUGAGCCGGGGCAGCGUACCGCACGUCUGUCUCCUUAUCUUCCUCAGCUGGGGCAACCAUGGCCGCUGUGAAGACCCUGAACCCCAAAGCCGAGGUGGCUCGCGCACAGGCGGCGCUGGCGGUUAACAUCAGCGCGGCGCGGGGACUGCAGGACGUGCUGAGGACCAAUUUGGGGCCUAAAGGCACCAUGAAGAUGCUCGUUUCUGGCGCUGGAGACAUCAAGCUGACUAAAGAUGGCAAUGUGCUGCUUCACGAAAUGCAAAUUCAACACCCCACAGCCUCCUUAAUAGCAAAAGUAGCAACAGCACAAGAUGAUAUAACUGGUGAUGGUACUACUUCCAAUGUCCUCAUCAUUGGAGAGCUGCUGAAACAGGCAGAUCUCUACAUUUCUGAGGGUCUUCAUCCCAGAAUAAUUACUGAAGGUUUUGAAGCUGCAAAGGAAAAGGCCCUGCAGUUUUUGGAACAAGUCAAAGUAAGCAGAGAGAUGGACAGGGAAACACUUAUAGAUGUGGCCAGAACAUCUCUCCGUACUAAAGUUCAUGCUGAACUUGCAGAUGUCCUAACACAGGCUGUAGUAGAUUCCAUUUUGGCCAUUAGAAAAAAAGAUGAAUCAAUUGACCUGUUCAUGGUGGAAAUCAUGGAGAUGAAACAUAAAUCUGAAACUGACACAAGCUUAAUCAGAGGGCUUGUUUUGGACCAUGGGGCCCGGCAUCCUGAUAUGAAAAAAAGAGUGGAAAAUGCGUAUAUCCUCACGUGCAAUGUCUCCUUGGAAUACGAAAAGACAGAAGUGAAUUCUGGCUUUUUCUACAAGAGUGCAGAAGAGAGAGAGAAACUAGUAAAAGCUGAAAGAAAAUUCAUUGAAGAUAGAGUUAAAAAAAUAGUAGAACUGAAAAAGAAGGUCUGUGGUGAUUCGGAUAGAGGAUUUGUUGUUAUUAAUCAAAAGGGAAUUGAUCCUUUUUCCUUGGAUGCUCUUGCAAAAGAGGGCAUAAUAGCUCUGCGUAGAGCUAAAAGGAGAAAUAUGGAGAGGCUGACUCUUGCUUGUGGUGGGGUGGCUCUAAAUUCCCUUGAUGACCUAAAUCCUGACUGUCUGGGACAUGCAGGACUGGUUUAUGAGUAUACUUUGGGAGAAGAGAAGUUCACCUUUAUUGAAAAAUGUAACAAUCCCCGCUCUGUCACGUUAUUGGUCAAAGGACCAAAUAAGCACACUCUCACUCAAAUCAAGGACGCAAUAAGAGAUGGCUUGAGGGCUGUCAAAAAUGCUAUCGACGAUGGCUGCGUGGUUCCUGGUGCUGGUGCAGUAGAAGUGGCGAUGGCACAAGCACUGAUGAAACACAAGUCCAGUGUGAAGGGCCGGGCCCAGCUCGGAGUACAGGCAUUUGCCGAUGCGUUGCUCAUUAUUCCCAAGGUCCUUGCUCAGAACUCCGGCUUUGACCUUCAGGAAACAUUAGUUAAAAUUCAAGCGGAACAUUCAGAGUCAGGUCAACUUGUGGGUGUGGACCUGAACACAGGUGAGCCGAUGGUAGCAGCAGAGGCAGGUGUGUGGGAUAACUAUUGUGUGAAGAAACAGCUGCUUCACUCCUGCACUGUGAUUGCAACAAACAUCCUCCUGGUGGACGAGAUCAUGCGGGCCGGAAUGUCCUCUCUGAAAGGCUGAAUGCAAGCCUCCCUGGUAUCUGAAUCCUGAAGACUACAGAGUGAUCACUGAAGCGUAGAGUUGUGGGAUUUUUGUCCAAGCUUCAAAUGAUUUUCAAAGGAAUUUUCUUUUUCCUUGUGAAUAAAAAGAGAGGGCUCUUGGCAUUUAUUCAAAUUAUGAUAUAGAAUUCUAAUUACAGUAUUUUUAGUUGCACUAAGUGUACACACAAAGUGGGUCCUUUUUACCCAGAACACAGGUGGUUUUGUUUUAGCUGCAUUAACAUGUUCUACCUUUAUUAAAUAUUCCUUGAGAAACAAAUUUUUAAUGGUUUAAUAAUUUUCUCUGGAUGUUUUAAAUUAACCAGUAGUCCCCUGUCAAACAUAUAUUAAAUGUUAUGCUAAUACAAGUAACACUUGAGUGAUUUAAAAAUUUGGAACCAUCUAUCCCCUUAAUAUAAAUUUCUAAGUAAAAAUCACUUGGAUUUUUCAUGCUUUUGAAAUAGCUUUGCUGAAGUGCUCCCUCAGAUAAUUUAUGUUAGUGGCUAGGAAGACAGUGAACUGAGUAGGGACAAGGAAACAGCUUUGAGUAUAGUGGCAAAAAUAGAGGUAGAAGUGGGGUGAGGCAUCUGAAGCAGGAGGGUCAUCAGGAGUUCUAGGCCAGCCUGAGCUACAUGAAAAAACCUUGUCUCCGAAAAAGUAAAAAGAUGGCUGAAGACUGAUGACUAAGGACUGGAGUUAUUAGGUGAAAUAGAUUUUUUUAGUAUAACAUUUUCAAGCUUAAGGACUAUACUUUUGUAAAAGAUCUACUCCAGCCCUGUAGUAUCACGAUUUUUUCAAAGAACUUAUCUAGUUUUCCUGUUAUUGUUUUUAUGCACCUAAUAGCUGCGGUCCUUGGUAAUUUUGC